AGCGCAAAACCGUGCCAGCUCCACGGUCAGGCUUCUCAGGGAACGGGAUCGGGCUGCCACGGGUUCGGAUCUCUCCUGCAGCCCGAGUACAGUGUGUUAGGCGAUAUUCUCCUUCUAUUGGCCUAGCAUGGAGCGCGGGGAUCUCUGGAAUGUACCAGGUGAUCGAGGGCAUCAUAUCCCCUGUCAACGACAGCUACGGGAAGAAAGACCUGGUGGCUUCCCAUCACCGAGUGGCCAUGGCCCAGCUGGCCCUGCAGACAUCUGACUGGAUCCGGGUAGACCCCUGGGAGAGUGAGCAGGCGCAGUGGAUGGAAACGGUGAAGGUGCUGAGGCACCAUCACACUGAGCUGCUCAGAUCCUCGGCCCAGAGGGAAGGCCCAGACCCUAGCAAAAUAUCGUCAGCCUCUGCAGCACUGCCUGAGCUGAAGCUCCUCUGUGGCGCAGAUGUCCUGAAGACCUUCCAGACCCCCAACCUCUGGAAAGACGAGCACAUCCGGGAGAUAGUGGAGAAGUUUGGCCUGGUGUGUGUGAGCCGGUGUGGGCAUGACCCGAAGGAGUACAUCUUCAACUCGCCCAUCCUGCGACAGUUUCAGCACAAUAUCCACCUGGCCAGGGAACCUAUUCAGAAUGAGAUCAGUGCCACAUACAUCAGGAAAGCCUUGAGCCAAGGGCAGAGCGUGAAGUACCUGCUCCCUGACCCUGUCAUCACCUACAUCAGAGACCACAGCCUCUACACCAAUGACAAUUCCCAGAAAGGAAAAGGAAAGGCUGGCUAGGGGCCUCUUGGGGAGUGGGCAGUUAAGUUUGCUCAGGUUCUGCGUUUCCCUUUCUGUUUGUUUUAUUUCUAUGGUGGUGUUACCGUGGGUGACUUCCUACUCCAGGAAGAGAUUGCCUCUACGGCAGGGACAGUCCAGUGUCAGAACAGUUUAAGUGGCAUGGCAGGUCAUAGGGUUAGGCAGA